GUGUUGUUCUGUUGCCAUCUUUCGAAGAAGUUUUUCAGUUUUCCGCAGUGUUUUUCUCCGUACGCGUAUCGGUCGGAAUUUUGACGCGACUUUUUUCGCCGAUUAUUGUGUGGAAAUUUGUGGUCGAAUCGUUUAUCGGAUUUUUCGGUUUCGUCGUCGUCGGUGUACCGAAAAUGUGCUAGCCUUCUGUCGGGGCGCGUCGUUUUGGGAAUAAUAUUCUGAUUCGCAUCUGAAGGAAGCGCGAUGAUUUUGGACGAGAUAAACAUCUCCACCCAGGAGUUGCAAGCGUUGGCUUUGCUCGACAGCCGCCAAUAUGGAUUCCUCAAGCUGUCAGCACCGGAAAAUGAAAAGAAAAAGGUUCUAGUGUUGAAGGCCGUCAAGUACCUGGAGCGAAUGCUGAUUCAAGCCCAGAACCAGAAGGAACAACAGUUGGGCAAACCGUCGCCGGAAUCGGACGAGGCCAAAGCGAUGGCGUCGUCCGAUUCGUCGGAUUCGGAUGUGAAAAUCAAAACCGAAAGCGGUACCGACGUCGCCGAGGCGAUGGCCGUGGACGAAAACCUCCCCGGGGACAUUAUGUCCGACGUGGAGAUGAAGGAUUUGUCGGAACGGAAAGUGGUGAAGACCGAAUCGGGUGAAGAAGGUUCAAAAGUGUUGGGGAAUAGUGGUGGGGGGGAUGGAAGUGGAUCGGACACCGCAGAAGGGAUCCGAAAGGAUACCGCGGACAGUGACUUGUCGGUGGCAGUGAAGGACAUCAAUAUCGAUCCGAAGACGUACUGCAAGCUGGGACAUUUUCACCUGUUGCUGGAGGACUACGAGAAAGCUCUGUCGGCCUAUCAGAAGUUCUACUCGUUGAAAAGUGACCACUGGAAAGAUCCGGCGUUCCUGUACGGACUGGGAUUGGUGUACUUCCACUACAAUGCAUUCCGAUGGUCGAUAAAAUCAUUCCAACAAUUGCUGUACGUCUGUCCGGACUUUACGCGUGCCAAUGAGGUCCACCUGCGUCUUGGGCUUAUGCUCAAAGUGAAUGGAGAUUACGAACAAUCGCUGAAGCACCUGCAGCUUGCCUACUCCGACUCGUCGCCGUGCACCUUCGGCAAACUUGAAAUUCGCUUCCACAUCGCGCAUCUUUAUGAGGUGCAGAACAAGUUUAAAGCUGCCAGGGAAGCCUACGAACAGCUGCUUGGAGACAAACAGCUGACACCAGCACUGAAGGCCGACAUCUGCCGUCAGCUAGGAUGGAUGUACCACAGCAUUGAACCGCUCGGAGAGAAGGCCCAACGCGAACGUUCCGCAAUCCACUGUUUGCAAAAGUCAAUUGAAGCCGAUCCCAAGUCCGGUCAGACCCUGUACCUAUUGGGGAGGUGUUUUGCCGGAAUCAAUAAAGUGCACGACGCUUUCAUCGCCUAUCGUAAUUCGGUGGAGAAGAGCGAAGGCAACGCCGACACAUGGUGCUCCAUAGGAGUACUUUACCAGCAGCAGAACCAGCCUAUGGAUGCAUUGCAGGCCUACAUAUGUGCCGUGCAAUUAGAUAAAUCCCACUCAGCUGCCUGGACCAAUCUCGGCAUUUUGUACGAAAGUUGUAACCAACCACGUGACGCUUAUGCGUGUUACUUGAACGCCACCAAAAACCCGGACGGACAGCAAUCGACCGUAGUGUCAGCCUUAUCCACUGCCAGUUGUGCCACCAACGCUGGGACAACACCAACAAACACAUCCAUAGCUUCCACCGGUUCCGGAACCGGAACAGCAACAGCAACACCAGUAACGCCCACUACGCCGUCGUCCGCAGCACCUUCAGCCUCAGCAGUAGCGAUUUCAGGUGGACGAAGCGGCGGAACCAGCCUUACGGACUCGGCCUCGGCUGGCAGCGGCGGUGCCAAACCGCAGAGCCUCGCCCAGAGGAUUAAAUUUCUCCAGCAGCACUUGGCCCACGCACCUAUGCCGAGUAUCACUUCCAAACGGCGGCAGCUACCGUCGAUCGAGGAAGCGUGGAAUCUGCCAAUCUCGAACGAAAUGAGCUCCCGACAGCAACAGCAAGCGGCCCAGGCCCAACAGCGACAGUUCCAGAAAGGAUACGGACAGAAUAAUCAAGCACAAUUCCCCGGAAAUAAUGCAGCAGCGAACAAGCGUUUCAAGCAGGAGGACGGCGGCCGACCACAGGCCCCCCUGCCAAACUUCUAUCUCAACCAGCAGCAACUGCAGAUGCUCCAGUAUCUGCAGCAGAACCAAACCAAUCUCAAUGCCCAGCAGCAGCAAUUGCUUCAGCAGUAUACCCAUCAGUAUCGGUUGAUGCAGCAGCAUCAGCAGCAACUUCGUGUGCAACAAGCUCAGCAACAGCAGCAGCAGCGAAAUCAACAGCAACCAGGAGCUCCGGCUCCGUUCCAAGGUCAAGGACAGCCGCAGCCCACGUCUCAAACGGGCUAUGGACAGCCUCAGAAUCCUCAACAGCAGCAACAGCAAACCCAACAGCAGAUACUGUCUGGCAAUGGGAACUUCGCUGCGAUCAGUACCCAGAUGUUCAAAACCACGACCGGAACGUACGGUGGCGGCGGAGGAUUCCAGAGUCAGACCAGUGCGGCGGCCUUCACGCAGAUCACCUCCACCAAUCAGUCGGAUUUAGAUCAAGAACUCCAAGCCUUGCUCUCAUCCAAGGACGACACUGCCAAUUUUGCCGAAACGCUCCUAAAGCAGUUCGGCUCCGACGAUUUGGUGGACAUCAAGGACAUCAAACCACUGGACCAGCAGCAGCCGCAGCAUAAUGGCACCGUACUGCCUGCCGAUUCGACCUCGUCCCGACCGGACGGGGAGAAAUCGCCCACGAUCAAAGCCGAAGCUACCUCGUCUACCGGAACCGGUUCUAGCAGUGCCUGUUCCACGUCAACGGCGGCGGCAGCCAAGCGUCACCUCUUGGCCAAGCACGACAUCAAGCUGGAACCGGUCAUCAAGAUCGAAAAACUGUCCGAGCCAUGCAACAAACCCGCUUUCUCCAUCGAAAUGACUGCCAAGGAGCUGCUGCAGGCCGCCAAGAAAUCCGAUCUCAAAGACGUGGCGGCCAUCAGCUCGACCCUGUACAUAGAUGCCCCACCGCCUUCGCCGCCGGAAUGUCCGCCGCAGAGAUUGACCCGCGAGCAGCUACAACCUCCGACGCCAUCGGUGUUCCUCGAGAACAAGAAACACGCCUACAGUCCGCAGCUGCAGGAGUUCUGCCUGAAGCACCCGAUCGCCGUCGUACGGCAACUGGGAGCGGCCCUCAAGCUGGAUCUGGGUCUGUUCUCGACCAAGACGCUGGUGGAGGCCAAUCCGGACCACAGCAUCGAAGUGCGAACGCAGGUGCACCAGUCGGCGGACGAGAACUGGGACCAGUCGAUGAAGUCCAAGGUUUGGGCCUGCAUCUCGCAUCGGUCGCACACCACCAUCGCCAAGUACGCCCAGUACCAGGCGUCCAGUUUUUCCGACAAGAUCAAGGAGGAACGUGACAAGUUGGCCGGCAUCGUGAGCACCAACUCCGACUCGGACUCCAAAGAUUCCCUCACCAACAGCAACGGCGCAGGAUCGGGCAACGGCAAGCGGAAGAAGUGCAAAAACAGCAACAAAAUGCUGCGCUUCGGAACGAACGUUGACCUGUCCGACGAACGCAAGUGGAAGACCCAGCUCCAGGAACUGCACAAGCUGCCUCCGUUCGCCCGGGUUGUGUCCGCGGCCAAUAUGCUCUCGCAUGUGGGUCAUAUGAUCCUCGGUAUGAACACGGUGCAGCUGUACAUGAAGGUACCGGGAAGCAGGACUCCCGGCCACCAGGAGAACAACAACUUCUGCUCGAUCAACAUCAACAUCGGACCGGGCGAUUGCGAGUGGUUUGCCACGCCUGAUUCCUACUGGGGCGGUAUCCAAGCGCUGUGCGAGAAGAACAACAUCAACUACCUGCACGGUUCGUGGUGGCCGGCGCUGGAGGACCUCUACGCAGAGAACAUUCCCGUCUAUCGGUUUACCCAGAAGCCGGGCGACCUGGUGUGGGUGAAUGCUGGUUGUGUCCACUGGGUGCAGGCCAUCGGAUGGUGCAACAAUAUCGCAUGGAAUGUGGGUCCGUUGACGGCGCGGCAGUACGAGCUGGCCAUCCAGCGGUACGAGUGGAACAAGCUCGAAAGCUACAAGAGUAUCGUGCCGAUGGUGCAUCUGAGCUGGAACCUGGCCCGCAACAUCAAGGUCUCCGAUCCGAAGCUGUACGAGCUGAUCAAAACCUGUCUGAUGCAAACGAUGCGACACUGUAUGCAGGUGUUGGAGUUUGUCAAAUCCAAAGGCGUCGAAGUGCGGUUUCAUGGUCGGGGCAAGAACGAAGCGUCCCACUAUUGCGGACAGUGCGAAGUGGAAGUGUUCAACAUCCUCUUCAUCCGAGAACAAGAAAAGCGUCACGUGGUCCACUGCAUGGGUUGCGCUCGGAAGCAAGCGCCCAACCUGCAGGGAUUCGUUUGCCUCGAGGAGUACAAGAUGGCCGAACUGAUGCAGGUGUACGAUGCGUUCGCCCUGCACAUACCUCCGCCUCUGCCAAUCCAGCCGCCCCUCUCGGCAUCGCCUUCGAUCCAACAGCAGCAAGCAUCGUCCUCGGUUCAACACCAGCUGGCCGCAUCCUCGUCAACCAUCACCAUCAGUUCGUCUUCGUCCAGCUCGUCGAUAGGGGCAAUAGCCGUCGCCAGCAGCAGCAGCAGUCAAACGGCAACGACUUCCAACGCGGCCACGCCCAUGCAGGUGUCGUAAGGUAAAAGGCGUUCCCGUGUCGUAAGGUUUAGUUCAAUUUCACCAAAACUUAAAAGACUUAACUGAUCCCUCCCGACGACGCCAGAGAAGAUUUAGAGCGAAGGAACAAAAGUCGAAACUAAAGUAUGUGUGCGUGUAAUUUGUACAUGGACGGAUUCUACAUUUUUUGUGUACAUAUCGAACUUGUAUAAUCUAACUAUGGAUAUAUUUACUUACGGAAUAUAUAAGAAGGAUGAGCUGCUGGCAGCCCUGCUAACAGGGCGGGAGUUAAGCUUUGAAACAGAAAAAAACUCGUAAUUAUUUAUAUGCAACCAAACACUGCUUUACCGAAUUCUAUAUUCUCCUAUAGUAAUAUUAUAUUUUACGGGAUAUGGCUCGCGCACUAGUAGAAAUGGUAACGGUUCUCGUUAUCCUUGUGCAGAAUUCUCCUUGAAGAAAUCAUUUUAAGUAGCUUAAUUUACCCUAAUACUGAAACGGAGAUUUCAUUCGGCGCGUGGCCGCAAAGUGCUCUGGAGACACAGGAAUGUAGCAAGUUGCUGGAAGUGAGAUUGGCUUUACUCGGUUAUCCUCUCAUGUUCACAACAGAGUCCCCACGGAUUACAAGUAUGAACAAUAGUUUUUCGUUUUCGGGAGCCCCAAAUCGGUGGGACAAAACACAAACAGCCCUCAGGAACUUUAAAAUUAGUCUACAACGGAAGCAAACAAAAAAACAGAAACAAACAAAAACGUAGCGAGAUCUAAAUAAGUCAGUUAACAUUUUGAAGUCGAAACAGUUUUUCACUCAGCACUCAGCACAAGAAGUUGAAACCGUAAAACGUAUAUAUUUUUAUCGGAACGAAAACAGAAAAUCAUCGAACGAAGCGUAUAACCACAUAUAACAUCAAUAAUCAUACACAACAGAGUACGAUAAAAAGCAAUUUUCACUGAUACCUUGCUACGACUAUGUAAAGCGGUAGCUGCAGCGGCGAAAUCAAUCAUCAAAACCUGCGCAACAAUCAUCAAUCGCGUCACCACUUCCACUUGCACUUUCACUUUCACAUCAGUCAGUUUUGAAAAACUGGAAAUCACACAUAGGUCAGAGAGAGAGAGAGAGAGUCAGAUACGGCAAAAGUUGCGAUUAUACGGAGUCCUUAGAACUAUAAGUAGAAAACAAGAGAUGGUUAAAUAGUGAGGGGAAUUAGGUGUGGUGUUUGAAACGCGGUAUUGGAAGGAGGCGUCGUUUAGUUGGGGAAUAGGCGAAGACGCGAUGAAUGGUACCACCGGUUAGGUUAAAUUACUGGAUUUUGCGUACGGUUGGUUUGGAGUGGUUUUAGUUGCUUGUGGUGGGGGAAAUGGCGUUACCAAUCUUCGAGGUUGACCCGAAUAUUCUUGAUUUUUAUAGAAAUCUGGAAGACUCGGGUAAAAUUUUGUUAUGAAUUAACAAAAAAAAAAAAGGUUCUGCAUCUACCAUAUACGACAUAUGAUACAGACUUCUGGGCAAUAUUUCCACUUUUCAGAAAAAAAAUGAG